AUGGCCACCGUGAACGCGAAGUCCGUCCUCCAGCAGCCGCGCCAGGGGCUGACCGGCGCCGGCCGGAGGCAGCAGAAAGCCGGCGGUGUCCUUCGCCUCCGCCGGCGGCCUAUCUCUGCGGUGCGGGCGGCGGAGCCGGCGAAGACUCCCCCCCCGGCCGCGGCCACGGCGGUGCCGGCAGCGGCGGCGGCGGCGGCGAAGUGGACGGUGGAGAGCUGGAAGGGGAAGGAGGCACUGCAGCUGCCGGAGUACCCAGACAAGGCGGAGCUGGAGAGCGUGCUGCGGACGCUGGAGGCUUUCCCACCGAUCGUGUUUGCCGGCGAGGCGAGGAGCCUUGAGGAGCGGCUGGGGGAGGCGGCGAUGGGGCGGGCCUUCCUUCUCCAGGGUGGUGACUGCGCCGAGAGCUUCAAGGAGUUCCACGCCAACAACAUCCGUGACACCUUCCGCAUCCUCCUCCAGAUGGGAGCCGUCCUCACCUUCGGCGGCCAGAUGCCGGUCAUCAAGGUCUGUUCCCCUCUCCCUGGUCCCCGAUCUCCGCAAAUCUCUGCCGACCAAGGCGGCGUCGCCGCCGUGAUCGGCCGCGCGCGCCCUUUCUUAUGCGUGCUUUUUACCUCUAGAUCUACCGUUGUUGGCCGUCCGAUCCCGAUCGGACGGCGUCGUCGUCUUUCACUCCGCGUGGUGAACCGACGCCGGUCAUCUUGGUCGAAAUCGGCUGUCGAAUGCGUAUCGGCAUGAGAAGACACGUUUUCUCUCUCCUGGAUAUUAUUUAAAUAUUAUUUUUUCAGCCGUCCGAUCUAGAUGGUUGGUUGUUGGGUAAAUCAUUUCCCUGCUUCGCGGUGAGCAUAAGAGAACUUACACUUAAGCUUCGUUGUCUUCUUCUUCCUCGCGCGGCAGGUGGGGAGGAUGGCUGGCCAGUUCGCCAAGCCCCGGUCGGAUCCCUUCGAGGAGAAGAACGGCGUGAAGCUGCCGAGCUACCGUGGAGACAACAUCAACGGUGAUGUCUUCGACGAGAAGUCCCGCACGCCGGACCCGCACAGGAUGAUCCGCGCCUACUGCCAGUCCGCCGCCACCCUCAACCUCCUCCGUGCCUUCGCCACCGGCGGCUACGCCGCCAUGCAGCGCGUCACCCAGUGGAACCUCGACUUCACCGAGCACAGCGAGCAGGGAGACCGGUGAGCAGCAGCAACCUUCUCCCACUGGAACCUGCGACGGCGCGCGCCGCCCCUCCUCCGGCGCUGACUCCCGUCUCUGCAGGUACCGGGAGCUGGCCCACCGCGUGGACGAAGCUCUGGGGUUCAUGGCGGCGGCGGGGCUGACGAUGGACCACCCCAUCAUGACGACCACCGAGUUCUGGACCUCCCACGAGUGCCUCCUCCUCCCCUACGAGCAGGCCCUCACCAGGGAGGACUCCACCACCGGCACCUUCUACGACUGCUCCGCCCACAUGCUCUGGGUCGGCGAACGCACCCGCCAGCUCGGCGGCGCCCACGUCGAGUUCCUCCGCGGCGUCGGCAACCCCCUUGGCAUCAAGGUCAGCGACAAGAUGAACCCAUCCGAGCUAGUGAAGCUCGUGGAAAUCCUCAACCCCCACAACAAGCCCGGCCGCAUCACCGUCAUCACCCGCAUGGGCGCCGAGAACAUGCGGGUCAAGCUCCCCCACCUCAUCCGCGCCGUCCGCCGCGCCGGCCUCGUCGUCACCUGGGUCAGCGACCCCAUGCACGGCAACACCAUCAAGGCUCCCUGCGGCCUCAAGACCCGCCCGUUCGAUGCCAUCCGGGUAAGCCAGUUCCCCUGUCCUCUCUUCUCUCCCCCCGGCGGCCCCGCCACCAUCGCCGCCCUGGAUUUCCCUUCUGAUCCUCCGGCCGCUGCGCUUGCAGGCGGAAGUGAGGGCCUUCUUCGACGUCCACGAGCAGGAGGGCAGCCACCCCGGCGGUGUCCACCUUGAGAUGACCGGCCAGAAUGUGACCGAGUGCAUCGGCGGCUCCCGCACGGUGACCUUCGACGACCUCAGCUCCCGCUACCACACCCACUGCGACCCGCGCCUCAACGCCUCGCAGUCCCUCGAGCUCGCCUUCAUCAUCGCCGAGCGCCUCCGCAAGACGAGGAUCCAGCGGCCCACCCAACGGCCCGAGCUCUCCCACCUCGGCUUCUAG